GUGGCCCGAGCUUGGCGUCCUAGGUUGCCGGCCUCGGUGAGCCGCGGGGAAUCCAGAGCGGGACCCCCGGAUCCGUGGCACCUCUGCAUGCACCCCGGGACGCUGGAGGUAGAGGCGCGUGUGGGCCAGGGGGAGCCCAGGGUGGCGUCCCGGCCCCUCCUAGGCAGGACGUGGCCGGAGGCGGAGUGACCCGGGAGCCGCCGCCCGCCGGGUCGCCCCGGGAGGCUGGGGGCGUGGCCUGUCCUAGCCCCUCCCACCAGGCCCGGCCCCGCCCCCGGUCCUCGGCGGGCCGGGGGCCGCGCGCUCCCCGCGGGUGCCAUGGCCUCGCGGCUCCUGCACCGACUGCGGCACGCCCUGGCCAGCGACGGCCCCGGGGAGGCGGCGGCGGCGGCGGCGGCGGCCGUGGCCCCCGAGGCCGAGCCGUUCCCCGAGAGCUCCGAGCUGGAGGACGACGACGCUGAGGGCCUGUCCUCCCGCCUCAGCGGCACCCUCAGCUUCACCAGCGCCGAGGACGACGACGAAGACAGCGGCGAGGACGACGACGGCGGCGGCGGCGAAGCCAGCCCCGACUCGCCGAGCCCCGGGGACGCGGCGUUGGGAGAGGACGCAGAGCGGAGCCCCCCACCCGAUGGGCAGCGGGGCGGUCAGCUCCUGGCCCGGCAGCUGCAAGAUUUCUGGAAGAAGUCCCGCAAUACCCUGGUACCCCAGAGGCUGCUCUUCGAGGUGACCAGUGCUAAUGUGGUCAAGGACCCUCCCUCCAAGUACGUGCUCUACACCCUCGCCGUGAUGGGCCCUGGGCAGUCAGAUCGCCAGCCAGCCCAGAUAGCUCGCCGCUACUCUGACUUUGAGCGACUGUAUCGAAACCUACAGCGGCAGUUCCGGGGCCCCAUGGCUGCCAUCUCCUUCCCCCGUAAGCGCCUGCGCCGGAAUUUCACUGCAGAGACCAUUGCCCGCCGUAGCCGAGCCUUUGAGCAGUUUUUAGGCCACCUGCAGGCAGUGCCUGAGUUACGCCACGCCCCUGACCUGCAAGACUUCUUCGUGCUGCCUGAGCUGCGGCGGGCACAGAGCCUCACCUGUACUGGCCUCUACCGCGAGGCUCUGGCUCUCUGGGCCAAUGCCUGGCAGCUUCAGACCCAGCUGGACACCCCCUUUGGCCUAGACCGCCCCCUGCUGACCCUGGCUGGGCUGGCUGUGUGCCACCAGGAGCUGGAGGACCCUGCAGAGGCGCGGACAUUCUGUGAGAAGGCCUUGCAGCUGCUGGGGGACAAGACCCCCCAUCCUUUCCUGGCACCCUUUCUAGAAGCCCACAUCCGGCUCUCCUGGCGCCUGGGCCUGGAUAAACGCCAGUCAGAGGCACAGCUCCAGGCCCUGCAGGAGGCAGGCCUCACCCCUACUCCACCCCCCAGCCUCAAGGAGCUGCUCAUCAAGGAGGUGCUGGACUAAUCCUCACCAAGUUUACCCUGCAGGGUGAGGGCUGGCCCAGAAUUAAGGGAGGGAGCACCGGUGAAGACACAGGGAGCCGCUAAGGAGGAUGCUUCUGGGGGGCUCUCCCCAAGAUUUUACCUUGAGAAUUUGCAGCAAAUGAGGAAACUUUCUUCUGUUGAGCCACGUUCAGGAUGAGCUGUAGGUAGAGCUGCCCACGGGUAUGAGGAAGAAGUCUAACAAAGCUUCUUCAGCCUGGGGCUACAGCCCAGGGCCAGCAGGACCAGUGUUUCCUCAUCCGUGGGCCUCCAAAACAGCAAGGCAGCCAUGAUAAACAGCCAGAGACUGCUGCUGGCAUCCUGGAGUUGGCUGCACUUGUGGCCUAGAGAAUUAAAGGCUAGCCUCUC